AAGAAGAAGAAGAAUCUUUAUUUAGAUGUUAUUCCAGUCCGUUAGUUGCGUCUCAGCCUGUUGUGUAAUUUUUCUUCUUUAACUCUUUGGAUCGUUUGAACAAACUGGGGUCUUUUUGUGGACCCUUUUUCAUGAAGUAGGCUGACAGGAAAGGGGGAAGGAGACGGGGAAGACAUGCGGCAAACGGGUCCGGGAGUCGAACCCGCGACCCAUCGAGGACUUGAGGCCUUCAAAUGUGGCCAUUGAGGCCAUUAAGGUGCGCCACCACGGCAUGCCCGUGUUUUUUAUGGUAUCAAAUUCCAGUCUCCACCAUUGACGUCAGCAACAGUGUCCUGUUGCUUCCUUUCAAAAUAAAAUGUUAUUGUUAAAAUGGGUUUGAUUCAGUCAGAUUAUUAAGUAGUUUGAUGGAACAGAUAAUCCACUUGUAGAAAUUAAUGAUUGUGAAAUAAAAUACUUCCUGUUGUUCAUGUUGAAUCAGUGAAUGUAAAUGUUGCUCCAUGUCUCCAUCUAGUGGACUGAUAGUAGAAGUGCAGCAGCUGAUGGCAGCUUCCUCUGCCUCUCUGCUGUCUGACUGCUUUCACCUGACACUUCUAGAAAGGUAGAAAGUGUGUGUGAGCUGAUGUGAAUUCAGCAGCAUGGAUCAGUGUGAGGACAGAGAGGAGGGAGUCCCUCCCUCUAAAACCACUCUGUGUGGGGAAGAUGAGAGCCAGAGCAAAGGUCAGAGGAUCCAUCAGAGACUCAAACCGAAACCAGAACCCAGCUGUGUGUCCUUUAAGAGCGACCGGUCAAAGGAUGAUUUUCUUGACUUUAAAUCUCCUGGAUCUCCACCAUCAGCGAGAGUGGACCAGCAGAGCUCAGUGGUUCCCAGUGGUCCAUCUGCCCAGCAGCAUCAAACACAGCUGGACUCCAUAUUGAUGCUGCUGGAGGAAAACAUUGUCACUUUUGUGAAGAAUGAGCUGAAGAAGAUCCAGAAGGUUCUGAGUCCAGAUUACCCAGAACUUUCAGAGAGUCAGAAAGAGGAUAAGGUGUUGGAAGGUGAGGAAGAAGAACAGAGGAGCAGCAGAGAGGCAGUGAUGAAGAUCACACUGAACUUUCUGAGGAGGAUGAAGCAGGAGGAGCUGGCUGAUCGUCUGCAGAAACAGAUUGCUGCUGUUUGUCAACAUCAACUUAAAUCUGGUCUGAAGAAGAAGUUCCAGUCUGUGUUUGAGGGAAUUGCUAAAGCAGGAAGUCCAACCCUUCUGAACCAGAUCUACACAGAGCUCUACCUCACAGAGGGAGGGACUGGAGAGGUCAAUGAUGAACAUGAGGUCAGACAGAUUGAAACAGCAUCCAGGAAACCACACAGACCAGAAACAACAAUCAGACAAGAAGACAUCUUUAAAGUCCCACCUGAAAAAGAUCAACCAAUCAGAACAAUGAUGACAAAGGGAGUGGCUGGCAUUGGGAAAACAGUCUUAACACAGAAGUUCACUCUGGACUGGGCUGAAGACAAAGCCCACCAGAACAUCCAGUUCAUAUUUCCAUUCACUUUCAGAGAGCUGAAUGUGCUGAAAGAGAAAAAGUUCAGCUUGGUGGAACUUGUUCAUCAUUUCUUUAGUGAAACCAAAGAAAUCUGCAGCUUUGAACAGUUUCAGGUUCUGUUCAUCUUUGAUGGUCUGGAUGAAAGUCGACUUCCUCUGGACUUCCACAACAAGGAGAUCCUGACUGAUGCUACAGAGUCCACCUCAGUGGACGUUCUGCUGACUAACCUGAUAAGGGGGAAACUGCUUCCCUCUGCUCUCCUCUGGAUAACCACACGACCUGCAGCAGCCAAUCAGAUCCCUCCUCAGUGUGUUGGCAUGGUAACAGAGGUCAGAGGGUUCAAUGACCCACAGAAGGAGGAGUACUUCAGGAAGAGAUUCAGAGAUGAGAAACAGGCCAGCAGGAUCAUCUCCCACAUGAAGACAUCACGAAGCCUCCACAUCAUGUGCCACAUCCCAGUCUUCUGCUGGAUCAUUGCUACAGUUCUGGAGGAUAUGUUGGAGACCAGAGAGAGAAGAGAGCUGCCCAGCACCCUGACUGAAAUGUACAUCCACUUCCUGGUGGUUCAGAUCAAAGUGAAGAAGGUCAAGUAUGAUGGAGGAGCUGAAACAGAUCCACACUGGAGUCCAGAGAGCAGGAAGAUGAUUGAGUCUUUGGGAAAACUGGCUUUUGAUCAGCUGCAGAAAGGAAACCUGAUCUUCUAUGAAUCAGACCUGAAAGAGUGUGGCAUCGAUAUCAGAGCAGCCUCAAUGUACUCAGGAGUGUUCACACAGAUCUUUAAAGAGGAGAGAGGUCUGUACCAGGACAAGGUGUUCUGCUUUGUCCAUCUGAGUGUUCAGGAGUUUCUGGCUGCUCUUCAUGUUCAUUUGACCUUCAUCAACUCUGGAGUCAACCUGAUGGAAGAAACACAAACAUCUAGGAAGUUUUUAUUAUUUAAUAAACCUAAAAUAAUUUCUCUCCAUCAGAGAGCUGUUAACCAGGCCUUACAGAGUCCAAAUGGACACCUGGACUUGUUCCUCCGCUUCCUCCUGGGAAUUUCACUGCAGACCAAUCAGAGACUCCUACAUGGUCUGUUGACUCAGACAGGAAGUAGCACAGAGACCAAUCAGGAAACAGUUCAAUACAUAAAGGAGACGAUCAGUAAGAAUGUAUCUGCAGAGAAAAGCAUCAAUCUGUUCCACUGUCUGAAUGAACUGAAUGAUCGUUCUCUAGUGGAGGAGAUCCAACAGUCUCUGAGUUCAGGACGUCUCUCCACAGAUAAACUGUCUUCUGCUCAGUGGUCAGCUCUGGGUUUCAUCUUAGUGUCAUCAGGAAAAUAUCUGGAUGUAUUUGACCUGAAGAAAUACUAUGCUUCAGAGGAGGUUCUUCUGAGGCUGCUGCCAGUGGUUAAAGCCUCCAACAAAGCUCUGUAA